AGGUAGGAGUAUUAGAAAAUGCCAUUAUGGAGAAGAAGCGUCAAGUGGAGCGCUUGGUUCAAGAGAUGAAGGAAGCCAACCUCCAGAGUCUCACAGGCAGUGUGGAUGAAUUGCGGCAUCCCUUGGAUGGAUUAUGUAAGGCUGGAAAUACCCGCAGAAUAAUUGGUUCUCCGAGACAAUUGGAAAAUGCUGCUCCCACCAAUAAAAAUCCUCAUGGAGUAUGGGUUUAAAACAAGUUUCAAAGUAUUUUACAGUAUUUCAAAUUAAUGUGAGAUUUUUUCAAAUCUUUUAUGCAAGAGCAAUUUUUUAAAAUUCACCAAGAGGACAUGAGUACAUAAACAAAUGACAUGACUACGUAAAUAAUUAUAUAUUUUGUAAAUAUUUGCAACUAGUAUGUAGAUAGUGUUGCAGCACGCAACUCUUUAAAUAUAUUUACGUUGCGAUUUUCGAUAUAUUUUUAUAGUAAACAACCUCACAGCAAGUGCACAAAAUUUUAUUGUUAUUAAAAGUGUAAGUAGUGAUCCGCGGGAACUCUUGAAGUUAGAUUUUGUUCUUACCAAUCCGAUGCAUACGCUAUAUCUUCAUGUUUUAUACCUUAAAUGUAUUAAAGGGUAAUGUUGACUUCUUCAGAAAUUCCAUGUAAAAUUUUCAUUGUGUACUAAAUCACAGUCACAAGAAAAAUAUUUUAGUUAAUAUGAAAAUUUAUCAAGGUAAUUGUAAUUAGUUGAUUCACUAGAAAAACUGCCAUAAUAUAUUUAUGUAUGAAAUACUAGUACUUUAAUAACUUCGUCCAUUUAUAUACUUGCUCCUAAAUCACGCCAAGAAAUCAUAUCACGGAUUCGCUCUAUGCAAACGAUUCUUAAAAUUUACAAUAUUCACACGUUUUCUGCACUCGACGAAACAUUCCAUUAUGUUUUUGCUGUUUUACGUGUUGACGUGGUAGAGCCAUGCUGCAGGUCAACUCGACCGGUGAGAGACCACGCUCUCACGGAAUACCAGCGUAAAAUAAAUAGCAGCUUAUUGCUGCGUUGUUUCGCAUGCUGAGUGUAGAGAACCAGAGAUCCUUUCUUACAGGUAACGACUCAUUCCAUCUUAGUCCUCAGAGGUGAUUAAUGCAUCUGCAUGUUGAUUCUUAACCGAGGAUAGAUGAAGAUUUCCAUGGACCACAGAAUCCACUUACCAUCAGGUGGACUGUGUGCUCGUUUGUCACCCUUAUUCUAUACUAGCUGUUCCCCGCGACUUCCCCCGCGUGUAAUUUAGGUUUUUAAUUUUUUUUUGCGCCGAACCCUAAUUCUUUUUCUAAAACAAAUGUAACCUAAAUUACUCCUUAUAACAUCAGCUGUCUGCCAGUGAAAGUCCCAUCAAAAUCGGUCCAGCCGUUUCGGAGAUUAGCCGGAACAAACAAUAUUUUUUUUUAAUUUUGUUUUUGUUAUAAGUACCAUAUAUACUUUCAUAUGCAUUUAGUGAAAAGUUGUUAUUUUGACGUUACAAACAGACACUCCAAUUUUAUUUAUUUGAGUAGAUAAAAAAAGAUCUAUUGAGUACCAGAAAUCUUUCUUUGUAGUUUCUUUACGAAACUAUAUAGGCACAUUACUAACUUCUAACUCCGGGUCUGCAUUUUAAUAGUUACCAGAAUAAUCGCCAAGUUGUUUAAUAUAGGAUAUAUUAUACAACUUUGCGUUCCAUUAUUCUGUGUCGAGGUCCGUUGGUACUUAACAAUAAAACAAAAAAUUUACAAAUACAUGCUACAUUCAUAGAACUUGAUAAAACGUCAUUAAAUAAAUCAAUCAAAUAUACUACUACCAAAAAAUCAAAUAUACACGUAUAGGUGCGGUUUUUACAAUGCGUCAUAGAUUAUAGUGUCCGUGCCGUGUUCACUGGUCACCAAGUAAGGUGAAGUAAUUGCGCGGCUUUUGUGUAAUUUAUUUUAGAUCUGUGUUCAAAUUUGUGUCAUAUUAAAAUGUGUUGUCACAUAGUUAAUGUUAACAGUUUUGUAAAGAUUAUGUAGGGUUUGCAUUUAAUAUUUUAUUUUGUACGUAUUGGAUUGUCUCGUUUUUAUUAACUUUAUAAGUAUUAUUAUAUCUUGCCUAUGUUUAGUGUCCGCUUUGUGUGUCACAAUAGUUUCGUUUUGUAAUUCUUGGAAUGUAGGUAUAGUUAUUUCAUGAUUUAAAAGUAGUUUUGUGUGAGGAUUUUCUUUUUUGAAGCACUAGUUUUUUAUUAUCUUAUUAAUUAAUAAUUUUAUUCCAAGGUGUCACAUACUUACCUCUGAAAGAGUAAAAAAACACAUAAUAUAUAAAGUUACAUGCACAAUAUGUACGUUUCACAGCUGGGCGGGCACCUUUCAUUUCUGAAAUGGUUAUGAAACAAUUAGCGCGUAAUUGCGUCUUGGUGGAGUUCACGUCUCCGAAACAUUUGUUUUCCUCCGACAUACAGGUUACCUCAAGGUGAUCUUCUUCCGUUACAGCUUAUUAAAGUGCACUGCUGAACAUUCGCCUCCCCCAUAUAUUGACCCAUAGGGAUAUUUGCCAUAGUGGUUUUUUUUUAUUUGCCAUUGGCAAGCGGGUUGGCAAUCGCAGUUUUUUUAUUUUUUAGUCGUUAUUAGGAAGAUGCUGUUGCCCAUCUCCUGGUUUUUGUUUCCCUCUGUCGCCUCUUCCGACACCCAUGGGAGGAUAUUGGGUAGUGGAUAUUCUUACACCGCCAAUACAUGGUUCUUUACUGCUGUGUUAAAAUUAGCAUUUAGAAUUGCCAUUAUUAAUUUCCAAGUCAAAGUAUCUUUAUUAAAAAUUGGCACAUUUAAGUCAAUUUCAUCAAGUCCCUACUGCGGGAAACCUUGUGGGAAGACUCACACGGCGUGGCGCCACAAUUUCAUUGGUGCCGGCGGGGAUCGACCCCGGGUUGCUUGCGCACUAUGUUAAAUGGCAAGCAGGCCGGUACGACAUUCAGACACAAUCUCGAGUUUAAACUGGAACUGCACAAUGUCGACAUUUGUGUAUUAUGUUUUAGACUAAACUAAAAUUUACACAUUGUGAAGUGAAUAAUUAAGUUUACAGGAUUUAACUUCUAAGCUACCAUGUACCAAUAAUAUGGAGGUGUGUUGAUUUCAAAUGUAUUGAGAACAAGAUAUUAGUAGUUUUUAAAUAUUCCUUUUGAAAAUAUUUACGAUAUGCCUAAAUGCAGUCUGCAUAUUUGUCAUGAUUUCUUUUAAUAAAAAGAAUAGAAAAUUUUAUAAGUGUGAUGUUAAAAUGAAUAAAUAACAAGAACCUGCUAUAUCUCAUAUAAUUAUGGGUUAUAUUGUACAUUUAACUAGUUCACUAUGUUGGUGAUAAUUACGAAAUCGAAAGAUAUGUACACGUAACAUUUUGCAUAGUUUGAUGUAGUGCAGAAAAUCUGUUUUUCAAAUUUUUGUGGGUGAGAUACGGACACUUACAUAAUUUAUGAAUUUACAAUAUAGUAGUAAUUGUAUUGAUAAUAAUAAUCUAGUCGGAAAUAUAAGCCAUUGCAAUAUUUUAAUAAAUAAAUGUCAUUAUCUCAUUUUUAGACAAUUUUCAUAUCAAUAUGUCAUGACAUUAAAUUAAUGUAAGAAUCAAUAACAAAAAUGUAUAAUGAAAUUUUUAACUUAGAAUACUUGAUAAGCAUUGAAUAUUAUUUAUAAAGUGUAAUUAAAUAAUAUUGUUCUGUAUGGUUACUAUAGUUAAUAAUUGUGUAUACCUAUGUAUCAAUUAAAACAUUAG